CAUAGCGGAAGAGGCUGGGGCUCGAAAGUGGAGGUCCUGUCUUGGAAGGCGGAAGGCAUAUAAAGUCCCCUCGCACCGGCUCAGCCCCUCCUUUUCCGUUUCCGGCCGCGGUAGCGACGAGAGGAAAUUCUCCGUCAUGUCUGCUCAUCUGCAGUGGAUGAUUGUACGCAACUGCUCGAGUUUCCUUAUCAAAAGGAACAAGCAAACUUACAGCACGGAGCCCAACAACCUUAAGGCCCGUAACUCCUUCCGUUACAAUGGUCUGAUACAUCGCAAGACUGUAGGGGUGGAACCAGCGGCUGAUGGAAAGGGUAUUGUUGUAGUCCUGAAGAAACGUGCAGGCCAGAGAAAGCCAGCCACUUCCUAUGAAAAGAUCACCAUCAACAAGAAUGCACGGGCCACUCUCAGCAGCCUCCGCCACAUUAUUCGCAAGAAUAAUUACCGCAAGGAUCUGCGCAUGGCUGCCUUGCGUCGGGCCAGUGCAAUUCUGCGCAGCCAGAAGCCAGUGGUGGUGAAGAAGAAGAGGACUCGGGCUCCCAAGACUGCAUAAAGAUAGUUGUCAGAUUAUCCAAUAAAGGAAUAAAACCAGA